AUGGUGACAGACUUUCGCAAGCUCAAUGAAAAAACGGUAUCUGACGCUUAUCCACUGCCCAAUAUACUGGAUAUAUUGGACCAGUUGGGCCAGGCGCAGUAUUUUUCAACGUUCGAUUUAGCCAGCGGAUUUCAACAAAUUUCCAUGGAUCGCGGGGAUCGAGGAAAAACUGCUUUCUCUACUUUAAACGGGCAUUAUGAAUAUGCUAAGAUGCCCGAGGGGUUGAAAAAUGCACCUGCUACGUUUCAACGACUAAUGGAUAACGUGCUGAGAGAACACAAGAUCAAGGUUCGACGCCUCAUGAGACGCCUAGAAGAAGCUAAUCUCACCUUGCAACCUGACAAAUGCGAAUUUCUUCUUGGAGAGGUUGCUUAUCUCGGACAUAUAGUAGGUCGUGACGGGCUGAGAAUGGAUCCAAAGAAGUUAAGAGCAGUAAAGAAAUUUCCUACUCCGAAAACUCAGAAGAAUAAUGCAUCGGAGUACGCUACCUGCACCUCUCCUACCGUCGAGGCGCCCACUAACUCCAGUAAAUUGCCGCCUAAGAUCACUGAACCUGAGCCGUCAGCAGGGCCGAGCGGCCUACUGACCGCCAAGACACCCGACACCGUGGUUGUUAAUCCGAGUUCUGUUGACGAUGGCUCGGAAGACAGUGUGUUCGAUGAGCAGGCUCAGUCCGGAAAAUCCCUUAUCGAGCCAAAGGAACAUACAGAGGGAAAUUCACAAACAACUGCCCCAGAGUUAGAGGCCACUAAUGCACCCUCUAUGGAUGACACUGGCGAAUUAGCUGCGCAACUUCAAGAGUCGUUCAGUAAAUUUCACGAAUCCCUGCGUGUUCUGGAGGAGAAGUUCCAAGAUAAAGGAACGAUUCCCGUUCAAGACGACGAAAACGUUGAAGUCGUAUUAGGUACAGUUUCCGAAGGAGACUCAAUACCGGAGGAAAUGCAGGAGAAGUUUGAGGAGUUAGAUCCUUACGAUGACGAGCUAGAGGAUAUUGUGCUUGACAGGCGCAUUGAGAGGUUGACUAAUACCGUCCUGCAGUUACCGGAAAACGAACUCCUGCGACGAGUAAGCCUAUCCAAAGAUGUCCUCGUUCCCCCUGUCAUUGAAGAAUCUACGCAAGAAGUAGACCAAUGCAGCCAAGUGAUACCGGAGAAAUAG